AUGAAUCCCAGCAGUGGUCUCGAAAGCGAGGAGCUACACCUCCGCCAGAGCAUCCUGUACACCGUGGGUCGCAUUUGUGACGAUGAAGCAAAGAAGAAACCACACGAGCACCACACACGUAUCAAACCUGCGAUGUCCAAAGAAGCCAUGGCGUUGCUUGCCGACGUCGUCUAUAAGCAAGCUGAAGUGAUGGCGACAGAGCUGCAGUUUUUCGCGCGUCAUGCCAAUCGGAAGGUUAUCAAACCGGAGGACGUCCUACUGUGUGCCAGGAAACAGUCCAAUCUGACCAAUUUACUACACAAGUACCAGCGCGAACAUCUAAACACCAGUUCCGCGACGUCAGCAGGCCCGAAGAAAAGACGUGGACAUGUUGUAGGCUCAGACUAG